CUUUAAGUGGAGACGUCGCGCCCUCGCCUGCUCGGGGAAAUAUAAUAUGGAGAAGUUUGUUUCAACCGUGAAAUGUCUCAUAGAGAACCUGUUGCACAAACAGCAGACAGGUUACGAUGACUUGAUAGAGCAACUUUUCUCUGAAGUGUCUGGCCUAGAGGAUUCCACCAAAAUACCAGAUCCACAGUUUGAGGAGUGUGCCAUCCACCUGUGGAACUGGGCAGUCACUAAGAAUGUGGGAACCACUAUAAGUAAAAAUCAGAAGGCCAAAGUACGCCAUGUUGCAUGCAGUCUGCUGUACUGCUGUGAGCCUGAGAAUCCAGCAGAGGGCAUCAUCCGCAAGCAGAUUCUGAUGGCCAGCAAGACAGGGAGAACGUGGCUGGACUGCAAAAAUCCCCAGAUGGCAGAUCACUUCUUAAAACUUGCAGUCAAGAGCCUGGAGACCCUCUAUAGCCAGCUGACGUCCAGAGGGGAUGGAGCAGCUGACAUCACUUCAUCCAAGGGCGAUGUGGAAAAGGAUCUGCUUGGAAUCCUCUCAUGCCAGGCAGAGUCGGCCAUAAGUCAAGGGAAUAACCAUGAGGCUGUGGUCUAUAUGCAACGCUGCAAAGACAUGUUGCUGAGGCUGCCAAAAGAUACUACGUACCUCUCCCUCAUGUGCUACAACUUUGGAAUAGACACCUACAAUGUGAGAAAGUUUGAGGACAGUGCCUUUUGGUUGUGCCAAAGCUAUGAUAUUGGGAAAAUGAAUGUGAAAUAUUCCCCUGGAUCUAAAGUUCAGGCCAAAGUGUUACGGCUCCUUGCCACUGUUUAUUUUGAGUGGGACUGUCAGACCUUUCAGGAGAAGGCUCUCGAUGCUGUCAGCUUAGCCAACAAGGUACACGUGAGCGCCUCUGGGCUGUACUUAAAGAUCAGAAUACUCCUGAGAUGUAGGGCCUCAGACGAUCAUAUCAGAGGAGGACUGAAUGAGAUGCUGGAAUCUGAGGUUUCUCUUGAGGUGUGUCUGAGCGUAGUGAAACUGCUCAUGUCUGAAGAGAGAGAAGUGCUGGCAUUUGAGUAUUUGAAACUAGUGUGUCAGCGCUUUGAGUCGUCCCCUGACCUGGGAACUGCUCUCGUCUUGAACAUUAAGUUACUGUUGCAGAGAGGCAAGGAACUGUUGAGUAAACAGAAGAUAGAAGAUAUCAUCACUGGCCACUAUACAGGAAAACAGCUGAAUCCACAGGCCCUCACCACUCUUCAUGUCAUACUGUGGGAUAAAGCAUCGGAACACUUUGAGGCCAAGAACUAUUCUGAGGCCCUGCAGUGGUAUAACUACUCCCUGAGUUUCUUUAAGGCUGGUCAAACGGAGCCCAACUUAUCCAAACUACAGAGGAACAGAGCUUCUUGCUUCCUGCAGCUAAAGCAUGUGGAAAAGGCCAAAGACGCAAUCAAAGAGGCAGAGAGGUGUGAUCCUGACAGCAUUUUCACUCAGUUCAGUGUUUACAAGAUCGCAGUGCUGGAGAACAAUGUGAAGAAAGCUGUAGAGGCACUGAAUGCAAUGGGACGACUGUCCAAGUGUCCUGUUGCCAACGAGGACAGACUGCUGGUUUCUGAAAAUGCUGCUUGCAACUUCCUCAGUCUGGCUGCUCAGAUUGCUUUGGAGAAUGAACAGCAGGAAACUGCCAUGAAGGCACUGGAGAGUUUGUGUGAAAACUCCAAAGAUGAAGCUCAGGUUCUAACUGCGCUCAGGUGUCUGGUUCGACUUGUGCUCUCCACAGUAGAAAAAUCGAGUGAUGGGAUGAGUCCCUGUAGCAAUGUGGGGCUGGAUGCUCUGCAGCCAUAUUUAAAAAUGGCUCUGCAGAAAGUUUCACACCAGACUCAUGUGACGGUUGAACAACGCACAGAUGAAGCUAACUGGUUCAGGAAGAUUGCUUGGAACUUGGCUCUGCAGUGCACGGGCAGCCCUGACAGAAUGAGGGAUUUCUUUGUGCUCUCUUACCAGCUGUCCCAGUUGUGCCCUCCUGAUCGGACACUGCUCCUGGGCCAGAAGACGUGUCUGCUAAUGGCUGCUGCUGCCUCUCUGGAGCUCUGCAGGAAGUCUCCUCACUCUGACCAGAGUGAGGAGCUCACUCAGGCUCUGGAGCGCAUUCAGAUCUGUUGGGACGUCUGGAAAACCCUGAAAGCAUCAGGAAGCUUCUCAGCAGACCCAACAGACACACUGCUGCUGCAGUUUGAAUUUGAAGCUCGCGCUAAGCUGAAUGACCCCAAGGUUGAGACAGUACUGGAGUCCGUCCUGGAGCUUGAAAAUGUUGAAACCAAGCUUCUUGAGAACAUUGCAGCUUUAGCCAUGGAGCCUCCAGCCCACUUCCCUCUGCUGUGUAAGAAGGCCUUGAGGGUUGCUCUCUCUCUGCACAAGAAACAACCACAGGCUGACCUGGCCCGCUGCAGCAAGUGUGUUCACAGCCUGAUCAAGCUGUCCCUCCCGAGCGGCGUGUCAGAGGUGGAGGCCCAUGCGCUCGAGGAGGUGUGGGGCUAUUACGAGGAGGCCCUGUCCAUCAUUGCAGCCACACCCGACAACUUCCCAGAGAUGGAGACUCUGUGGCUGCUGACUCGGGCUUGGAACACGGGGAUACUAUUGUACAGCCUGGCUCAGUAUCCCGAGGCAGAGAAGUGGUGCGGCCUCGCCAUGAGCUUCGUCUCCCACCUAGGAUCGCUGCAGGAGAGCUACGAGAUGCAGAUGUCUGGUCUCUACAGUGAAAUCCUGGACAGGUUGGACAAAGCCAAGAAUGUCACCUUAGAGGAAUGACCAAACUGGGACAGGUCAGUCUGGUGUUAACGCCCUGUACUGACAGGGACAUUUCAUUUAUUUAGUUCCCCUCAUUUGUUGCAACUUUACAUUUUUAAUGUUGUGGUAAAAUGUUCAUCACAUAUUCCAGUUGAGAAAAUUCUUGCUCUAAACCUGUGUAGUUUGAGGCCAUUCUAGUUGCCUAGUGGUUGAGACACAUUUCUGGUUUGAUCACCAUGUUCCCUUCCUCUUCCG